UCAGGCGCAUAUUGUGUGUUUCAAGUUGGCGCGAGCGUGGGAAAUCGGAGGUGAGCGCGAACGCCCCAGCGGGCUGUCAGCUGUAGGUUGGCGAGGGAAGGUGUGUUCAGUGUGAGUGGGCUUCCACGGCCGCAGCAUCGUCUCCCGCAGACACGCCGCCUCGAGACGAACUCGUCUUUACACUCGGAUACACCUUUUGCGGAGAGACAACAAAACCGUUUAUGGUCCUGGCCGAAGAUUCCACGAUGUCUCGCACCGACGAGGUCCACCGCCUGACGGAAAAUGUCUACAAGACCAUCAUGGAGCAGUUCAAUCCCUGCUUACGGAACUUUGUUGCCAUGGGGAAGAACUAUGAGAAAGCUCUUGCCAAUGUAACGUUUGCUGCCAAAGGCUACUUCGACGCUCUGGUCCGAAUGGGUGAACUUGCCAGUGAGAGUCAAGGAUCCAAAGAUUUGGGGGAUGUGCUGUUCCAGAUGGCUGAGGUCCACAGACAGAUUCAAGUACAGCUCGAGGAGAUGUUAAAGUCCUUCCACAAUGAGCUGCUGUCGGAGCUGGAGAAGAAGGUGGAGCUGGAUGCUCGCUAUCUGACUGCCGCCCUGAAGAAGUACCAGGUGGAGCACAAGAACAAGGGGGACAGCUUGGAGAAGUGUCAGGGGGAACUGAAGAAGCUGCGCCGGAAGAGCCAGGGCAGCAAGAACCCGUCGAAAUACGGCGAGAAGGAGAUGCAGUUUGUCGAGACCAUCAGCAGCAAGCAGACGGAUCUGGACACCUUCAUCGCAGAGGGAUACAAGACAGCUUUGUCUGAGGAGCGCCGGAGGUACUGCUUCCUGGUGGACCGUCAGUGUGCCGUGGCCAAGAACAGCAGCGCCUACCAUGGCAAGGGUAAGGACCUCCUGACACAGAAGAUCCCCAUGUGGCAGCAGGCCUGUUCGGACCCCAACAAGCUCCCGGAGCGAGCCAUGCUCCUGGCCCAGCAGAUGGGCUCUGCUGCCAUCGGAGGAACCAGCCCGCUGCACUCCUCCAAAUCCAACCUGGUCAUCUCGGACCCCAUCCCUGGAGCCCAGCCUCUUCCUGUGCCCCCAGAGCUGGCCGUCUUCAUGGGGAGUGGACUCGGACACCCAGCGAGGCUGAUGGGGCCCGACGGCAUGUCCAUGGUCAACGGGACGACAGGCGUCCACGGAGAUGAGUACUGGACAGAUGGAGGGAAUUUAGCCGUGUCCCAGGUCAGGCCUUCCUCCCCUCAGACCCCGGCGCAGGGUUCGGCCCAGACUCAGCCCCAGAGGCAGGUCAGCGAUGUGUACUCCAACACCCUCCCUGUCCGCCGGCCGGCCCCCGCCAAGAACAAGAACCCAGUGGGAGAGACCAGGACCCUGCCCAGAUCCAGCUCCAUGGCAGCCGGUCUAGAAAAGAACGGGCGCUCUCGCGUCCAGGCCAUCUUCUCCCACGCUGCCGGCGACAACAGCACCCUGCUCAGCUUCUCCGAGGGCGACGUCAUCACCCUGCUAGUGCCGGAAGCCCGUGACGGCUGGCACUACGGGGAGAACGAGAAGAAUAAAAUGCGCGGCUGGUUCCCAUUCUCCUACACGCGCGUGCUGCCCGACAGCGACGCGGAGAAGCUGAAAGUGAACAGCCUGCAUCAUGGGAAAAGUAGCAGCACCGGGAACUUACUGGAGAACGACGGGUCAGUCCCCACCCCGGACUACGGCCUGACUGCCCGCCUGCUGGCACAGAGCCUCGCACAGACCCGCCCCCGCCCAUACAGUAUGGCCGGCUUCGGCACACAGCCCGCCAUCGAGGAUUACGAGGGUCGCUUCGCCACAAGUGACAGUCCUGAUGGCAAAUUGAUUUCGACUGUGUGAGAACAGACAUACAGACAGACAGACAGCUCCGGAUAGCACAGGGGCCUCCUCCUCCUCCUCCUCCUCCCUCCCCUCUCUCUCCCCCUCCCGCUCUUCUUAGCCUCCCUCCUGUCCACUUGUCUCCUCCUUCACCAAGUGGAAGAGGCCAGUUUCAUCCCUCCUUUCUGUCCUCUCUUCCUCCUCCGGGUCCCUCCUUUUUCAUCCCUUCGUCCGUCCCUGCUGGGUGCUGCUGCUGCUGCUGCUGCUGCUGCUGCUGACGGUGUCGCUGUGGACAGUAGCGGUUGGUGGGUGGAAGAUUGCGUUGAGCGAGAGAGCCGGAGCUACCUGCUCGGCACGCCGCGAUACGGACUCUGAAUCGGUUGACAUGCGGAGAGACUGCCUUUGCUACUGCUCGUCUUUUCAUGCAUGUACAUGGUUGUGUCAUUUUGUCAGACUAAAGGACAUGUACUGUACAAGUGCCAAAAGACUUGAGUGUCGUAAACAAAGCCAACGGCUCGACGGCCUUUUCCUAAGCACAGGUGUGGGCGCACUAUUACCCAGGUCCAUCUGGGCCUGGCGCCUGCUCCAAGCUUUGUUCCAGAUGACUGUGUCACCGCUCCGGAGAGUCCAUCAGUCGCGCCGUGCUUCCUUGUGUCGGUGGUUUCAUGUCCGAAAAACGUGUCAUAUAUGCCUUAAUUUAUUUUUCCUUUCACGACCGGCGUGGAAUGAAGCUGAGAGCGGUGUGUGGGGCGUUCCUGAGUUUAAAAAAGUCAUCACUCAAAAUAUACAACACAAGACAGAAAACGGCUAUACUAUAUUAUAGAAAAAAAAUAUUUAGACAAUUAAAAAAUUCAAAAAAAUAUAAUGGUCAGGGAUGAACGAUUGAUUGUAAAUCUUAAAAAUAAAGAUUUUUUUUUUUUUUUUUCUUUUUUCUGAGUUAGCAAAUUAUGAAAGUGGAGAGAGGGAUUUUUUUUUAUUGAAAUGCAAAAAAUAAUGUAUAUUUUGGCUUCAGUUAUGAAUGAGAUGUUUUCUGUUGAAAGUAUUGAUUUUUUGUGGUCGCUGUUUUUUAUGUUCCCUCGAUUACAAUAAGUUGGCUGCAGCUAAAACAAUAUUUUUAUUAUUAUUAUGAUACACAUGUUUUAUGAACUUAUAAACGUCCACACAACGCCCUCAUUUGAGUAGUUUACAGAGAAGCAGAUGAUUUAUUAAUGCGUAUAUGUAUAUGAAAAUACUUAGUUAAUUCACCGAAUUAAUUUCUAUUUUUAUGGAAAAGGUUCCAUAAAAAUUCCGCCCCCUGCUGGAGGCAUUUCAAGCGGUCUCCGCAAGCUGUGAAAUAUAACAUUUUCGUUCCAAAUAGCGGCUUUUGCGGCUCUGUGUUAUUUACGAUUGUAUUCCCUGAGUGGCGAUGUAUUUAUUUACUCUCUUUUUUUUGUCCUUUAUUUUCGAAAACUGUCCUUGUAAAAGAAAAAAAAAACACACCGGUGUUACCAGGAACAAUGAGAAACUAGUGGAAGUGUUUAUCUUAUGCAUGCUGUGGAGGAGAAAAAUAAUGUGUGAUACUCAAAAUUGACCUUGAAUGUACGGUGACUUUUUACAAAAGUAUUCUAAAUAAAACAUAUCUCUAUAUAUUAAUAAAUAGUUGAGUGUGGCGGGAAGUCUGUUCUGCGGCUGACGACAAGGUUUCGGGUUUUUCAUUCUUUCAUGUUUCAUGUGAGUGACCCGCAGCAUGCUUCUCCCCAAACUCCUCCUCCCUCACUAGCCCCGCCCAGCUUUGUGUGUGUCUGUGUGUGUGAUUGUGUGCAUGUGUGUGUGUGGAUGAAAAUGCCUGCUCAGUUUAUUCAAUUUGUUUUAAGUCGUUGUGUGGAGGAUAUUUAACUUGAUACACUUAAAAAAAACAUGUCAUGUUCUUCUUUUACAUGUGCAUGCUAGCACUAGGUCAAGGCUAAUGCUAGCAUCGGAGCCGUGGUAUCUGAAAAACUAAUUUUCUAGCUUUAGACUUUAAGAAAUAGCUCAGAAAAAUAUCUUUCUAAAAAAGCAAAUGAGAUAUUUUGACUUUGGGAGGUAGCUUCGCGCUUGCACUCGCACUGUCAAGUCAGCUAAGUUAGCGAUUUUAUAUUAGCAUUAGUGCCAGCUAUGUUUGCAGUGGAGCAGCUCAUAUUGUUUCACAUAAUAAAACCUUGAGCUCAGUUUUAGAGAUACUAAAACUUACUUAAAUUCUUGCAUCAGAUUGAACGUGAAAACCAGAUCCAUGUGCUUUAUAAUAAACGAGCCAGUAGGGGGCGCACCAGACCCGUACCUGUGUCUCCGGCAUGUCCAGCAUGACGUUGUGACCUUGUGUUCUGACGUCCAUCUUGCACCAAACUAACCAGCAGUGACUGAAUGUUGAUCCAUGCAUGACUGGAACGACCAACCAAACAAACCCAAAGGUUCUUUUUACCUUCCAGUUUGGGUCCAGAAUUGUCCCGCUUCUGAGGGAACAGGACCUCCGUAAGUCACCAGCCUCCAUUGCUUCUUGGCUACUCUUUUUUUUUUUUUUGGCUUUUUGGGAUUUGCUUCCUGCAGUCAUCGGCAGUUUUAGCGCUUCAUACUGGCUGGAGAUAAACACUAACCCCGCUGGCAUGUCACAUUUUAUUUAACUGCAACUUGCUUGCCGUAGUUCGGCUCCCUCUGGAGCGCAGCGCUGCGAUAAUAACCGCCUAAUAAGCCCGUGUUCUUGCCCCGCCCUCUCUCUCCCCGCAGUGACCGUUCUCUGGAGGUCUACCUCCGACCCACCUACAGCGACGACCGAUCUGCCACCAUCUUCUACUAGCGACCCCGGAAGUUUAACAAACAUUUGGUUGCAGUGGAACAUGGAAUGUACUGUCCUGACGUAGAUCUGUAGACCACAGAGCUGGGGUUAAGUUGUGUGAUUUAUCUGCGCUAUAACUGCUGUACGUCGGCUUCGCUAAGUGGAUCUAGUUAUUGAUGGUAAUAGUGGGCUAUGCUUGAUCACCAAUUGACCGGUCACUCUUAAACAGUGGUGACCAAAUGUGUAUUUAUGAAACCACUUUGUCCUGUGUAGCUAAGGAGGCUUAAACACCUGAUGUGUUUAGAAAACUAUUGCGUACUUUAAACGAACCACCUGAACGCACAUGUACGAGAGAUAUACUUUAGUUCUGAGACAGUAAACCCACGUGGGAACUGUGCCUUUUCUAAAUUUUGCUCUGUCACUGGAAGCUGGUUUGUUUUUGUGUAUCGUAAGAUAUGACUGGGCUGUUUCACGUAGUCAACCUUUUUUUUUUUUCUCGUCCGAAAAGUCGCGUUUGUAAAUGAUGUAUUUUGCUUGGAGGGAGCGGUGUUUUAGCUUUGCGCAGUAUUACCUUGGAUAUGUCAUGCAGGUUGGUGAGGAUAAGUUGCGUGACAAGUCGUGUCAAUCGACUUUAGCUAAAGUGAAUUCCUUUUGAAAAGAAAUGCGAAAAUACUCGCCAGUCGAAUGAGUAGAGAUCAAUACCCAUGUCACUACACGUUGUUUUACAUUUCUGGGUAUUUAAAGAAGUUUCUGUUCUUCUCUCUUUAAUUCUUCAAGUUGUGUUAAAACAGUCAGGUUGAGCCGUUGUGCUAAUGCUAUCACUGACUGAAAACUUUGCAUUAAAAGAUGCCAAAAAACACAAAUACUUUUUUUUAUGAAAUUACACAAACUAAUAUCACAUGAACGUUUCAAAAAAUGAAUAAAUGUUUAUUAAGAGUUAAUCACGAAAAACAGUUCUGUUAGCAAUUAGCCUGUUAGCGCUCACUUAAUUCUGCUUCAUGACAUUUCACUUUCGAUGUACUCCAGAAUAAAGAUCACUGCUUCACCUUUUGUUUUCUUAAACUUUUCUAGAGUUUGUUUUUAUUUCCUCUUCUUGUACAGAACCUGCAUAAAUUAUCGGGAAUAAACACGAAUAAGCACA